GGGGGGUAGUAAAUGGUACUUUUCGGGCGCCGUUCCCGCGAAUGCCCCUUAUCAUAGCGGUGAGCAGGCGGCGCUGAUAGCGACGUGACUCUGAUAAACGCCCCUAUGAGUCGGCGCCGCCCCCGCGCCGCCCCCGCGGCCGCAGUGUGUUUUGUGAUGGACUGUCGGCGGGUCAUCGGCGACCUCGACGGCGACCAUCCGCCCGGCCUCCACCGCCAUGAGCAGGUCCUCGUACGCCGUGUGGCGCGCGCGGCUGCGCCCGGGGCGCUGGCCCGACGCCCCGCAGGAGGAGCAGGCCUGCGCCGUGGUGGUGAGCGCGUACCGCGGGCUGAAGGACGACGUCGUCGAUGUCGGCCUCGACCUCCCGGUGUACGUCGAGGUGGACGAGGAGGCGCUCGAGGCGCGCCGCCGGAGUCGCCUCGAGGCCACCACGACGCUGUGCAUCACGCCUGAGGUGUCCGAGGUGGUCAGCGACGAGCCGCCCACGCCGCCGCCCCGGACGUCCAUCUCGGAGGCGACCGGUGAGCCCAUCCAGUGCGCCACCAGGGCGCAGAUCGGGCUGCCGGAGGCCGACGACUCACGCCUGGACACCGUGACCCCCUUGUCCGACGUGGAGCCGCCCACGCCGCCGCCCGCGAGGGAUCGCGCCGCAGAGAGGUGGCGCGACGGUCUGAACAACAAGGAGGCCAGCAGCUCCAGCAGCUCUCGGCUCUCAGCGCCAUCCUGGAGCCGACCGGACCUCGUGCUGCCGCCCCACGAGCGCUUGUCGGUGUCGCCCACGCCGACCCGUCUCGGGGCCGUCAUCCUGGAGGAGGACGAGGAGGAGGGCGGCGAGUACGGGGACGUGGUGGACGACGACGCCCUGAGCAACGCGAUCUACUCGGACGUAAUCGAGGACGAGGACCUGUACGUGUCGGUGCCCAUCGAGUGGGACGGCUCGUACGCCUCGUCCAACUCGGACGUCUGGUCGUCGGCCUCGGGGCACCGCGGCAGGAGAGAGAGAUACGACGACGACGACGGCGGCAGCCCCGAGCCCGAGGUCGCCGUCAGCCGACCACCUCGCCAGCCAGCUCAGGUGAUCGUGAUCCGCGCGAGCAGCAACUGCGUCCCGGCCACGGACUCGGAGCCCAGCUGCGGCGGCUCCCCGUCGCGGCCACCCGACGACCUCCCCGCCGAGCGGCCGGUGCCGCGCCUUUCCGUGCGCCUCCUGUGCCCGCCGUGCUGCCUGGCGGGGUUCGGGCACGUCGCCGAUCCGGCGGCUCCCAAACCGCCGCCGCCCUCGUCGCCGGGGAACCGCCUGGUGGCCGUCGCCCUCCUCCUGUUCGCCUUCCUCGUCAGCCUCCUCCUCAUCAACCUGGCCGAGCUGCAGCGGAGAGAGGCAGCAGAGAAUGCUGCCGCCACAGCGACAGACUACGUGGAUGUCACGACUGCAAUGCCACCCUGAAGGCUUUGUUUGUCCCCGUACAGCUUAGCUCGGUUUAGUUUAAGAAUGUUUAUAACAGUGUGUCCUUCAUGUAUGUUCUGCUUCUAGUCAUUAAAAAACUUAUUUAUAAA